AUGCAACUGACGAUACCGAGCUCUCUUGACCAAUUUAUCGGCUCUGUCAAAGAUAUAGAUUUGUCUUCCCGACAACAACAAACAAUCGGAUUGAUAACCGCUGCUACUGUCGUAACUAGCUAUACAUUCUACAGACUUCUGUUCAAGGGACCGAGUGAUGGCUGUCCAACUGUGCCUUACCGCGAUCCUAUCAAAGGUUCAUCAGCUGAAUACCGCAAAGAUCCUCGGGCUUUUGUCGAAAAAUGGACGAAAGCUCUCGGUCCUGUGUACCGUGUCCAUUUGUAUGGUAGAAUGCACACGAUUAUCUCUGGUAGAUAUGUCCGAGAAAUUUUCAUGAACAACAGUUUCGAUUUCCAUACUGGCAUUGAAAAGAGGUUCGAUAUGAAGACGAUGGCAGAUAUCAGCCAUUCGGACGUUCCAAUAAACGACACAAGAACAUCCGUUGUCCAAUACUUGACCCCACACCUAAAACAUUUCACUCCGCGCGCUGUUGAAAACCUACAUUUGGGUCUCAAAGAUGUUCUCGGAACUAUGGAGGAUGGAUCUGUAGAAAUUCAGCACAUGUAUCCAUUAGUUCAGCGCAUGGUUGCCCGCGCAAGUGCAUCCGUUUUUGUGGGGGAAAAACUUUCCCAGGAUCUUGAUUUAAUCGCAAGUUUCCAAGACAUCACUACAGACUUGGGAUCCAUGAUCCGUUUUGAAAAUUAUUGGCUGGAAACUUUCUCUUUUUUGAUGAAAUUAAAAAUGUGGGCAAUUGGUAAAUUCUCCUCAAAAGUCAAAAAGCACAGAACCACAAUGCUUCGAUCCUUGACUCCAGAAAUCGAUCUGCGUUUGAGCUGUGCAAAGGACGAUCCCAAUUGGCAAAAGCCCAAUGAUAUCCUUCAAGAGCUCAUCGACCAUGCUGAAGUUCCUCGUGGCCGUGAUAUUUACACUCAUAUUGUGAAUGAGAUCAUUGUCUUAAUCUUUGCUUCCAUUCAUACCACGUCUGAGAAUGGCACCAUUGUUUUGUAUCGUAUUCUCCAAAAUCCCGAACUCAUCAACGAGCUUUUGGAGGAACAGCAAGAAACAAUCGAACACGCUGGAUUAGACCCUAACGGAAAAAGUAACGAGGUGUUUACAUUCGAUACUAUCAAAGGCAUGGUUAAGCUGGAUAGUUUCUGCCGUGAAGCCUUGCGCCUCAGGAGCGAGUUUUACGAACUUGCCCAUACCAACAUCAGUAAACAAAAUGUGGUAUUGAGUAAUGGUACCAUUAUUCCACCAGACGGCGACGUUUUGAUUAACUCUUGGUAUAAUCAACAGAGCAAUAGCUGGGAAGAGAUGCGUAAAGAUGGUGAAGAUCGCGCACAAUUCAAGCCUUUCCGUUAUCUCAACACUGGCUAUCCAUCGACUAAAGUGAGCGAUGACUAUCUGGUUUUUGGCGAAGGACGGCGUGCUUGCCCUGGACGAUGGUUUGCCAUCCAAGAAAUUAAAACGAUUAUUGCCCUUCUUAUCCGUGACUACAAAGUUCGCCCCACUAGUGACAUCCUUUUCCCAACAUCAUUAGACACUGCCAUGCCAUUCGGCAGCGCUUCUUUUGAGAAGCGCAACUAG